GACUUCACAAGCGCAAGAAGGCAGAAAAUACAAACCUUGAAUAGAAGAUGGCCUCAUGUCUAUAUGAAUGCCUCUGUGAGGCGGAACUUGAGAAAUAUUAUCCCCAUUUUACUGCCCUUGGCUUUCAGAAGAUUGAUGAACUCGCCAAGGUCUCCAUGAAAGAUUACACUAAACUGGGGGUACAUAACAUGAAGGACCGCAAGCGCCUCUUCCAGCUCAUUCGAAUAAUCAAAACGUUGCAGGCAGAAGAGGAAGCCGCGGGGAAAACCCAGCCACAUUUUCAGGCAGGUGCUGCUUACCUUCAGCCUUCGGUGACUAGAUCUGGCCCUCGGAGACAACUCCAUUUUGAUUCCCUCUCAGAGGGAAGAGACGAACAGAAAGACCUUGAACCUGGACUGUGUACAUUAUCCAGUUGUUCUGUGAAUGCAGAUAAAGAUGAUUUAGCUGCAGUGUUGAGCCAUGAUUCUGAGUACAAAAGACCCAGAAAAGACUCUUUGAACGCCUCUUCGACAUGGACAGAAUACAGACUGGGCAUUCCAGCUAUCAGUUCAUCAAAUGAUAUCGGCCCUCUCUUAGGGGAUGCGGAAGCCCCCAUGGUACAGAGAGUAGCUCAUGUUUCAGGUUACAAUUAUGGAGUGCCUCAUUCUUGUAUCAGAUCUAAUGAUUCUGAGAAAGAGACGCCAUGGACUGAGACGGACAAGAUCCGUGUAUGUGUUCGAAAACGUCCCCUGGGCUUAAGAGAGGAGCGUCGGGGCGAAGUGAAUAUCAUCACAGUGGAAGACAAAGAAACUCUCCUACUCCAUGAGAAAAAGGAGGCAGUUGAUCUCACCCAGUACAUUUUGCAGCAUGUGUUUUACUUUGAUGAAGUCUUUGGGGAGUCUUGUUCCAACCAGGAUGUGUACAUGAAGACUGCUCACUCCCUCAUCCAACACAUUUUCAACGGCGGCAACGCCACGUGCUUUGCAUAUGGGCAGACAGGUGCCGGUAAGACCUACACUAUGAUUGGCACCCCCCAGAAUCCCGGACUCUACGCCCUGGCUGCUAAAGAUAUCUUCAGGCAAUUAGAAGCUUCCCAGACUAGAAAAGACCUUCACGUCUGGAUCAGCUUUUACGAGAUCUACUGUGGGCAGCUUUAUGACCUGCUAAAUGGAAGGAAGAGGCUUUUUGCAAGGGAAGAUAGUAAGCAUAUUGUACAGAUUGUGGGGCUGCGUGAGGUCCAAGUGAACACCGUCAAUCUACUUCUAGAGGUGAUUCUGAAAGGAGGGAAGGAGCGCAGUACAGGGGCAACUGGAGUCAACUCGGAUUCCUCCCGUUCCCAUGCCAUUAUUCAGAUUCAGAUUAAAGACCCAGCAAACAGAGUGUUUGGCAGGAUCUCGUUUAUUGAUCUGGCUGGCAGUGAGAGAGCAGCUGAUGCUAGAGAUUCUGACAGACAAACAAAAAUGGAAGGGGCCGAAAUAAAUCAAAGUCUCCUAGCUCUGAAAGAGUGCAUCCGUGCCCUGGAUCAAGAACACGCUCACACGCCCUUCAGGCAAAGCAAACUGACUCAGGUCCUAAAAGAUUCUUUUGUUGGCAAUUCCAAGACGUGCAUGAUAGCCAAUGUCUCACCCAGCCACAUUGCAACGGAGCACACCUUAAAUACCUUGCGGUAUGCUGACAGGGUGAAAGAGUUGAAGAGAGGGAUGAAAUGUUGUACACCUGUUGCAAACAGACGGCGGACGACGGGGAGCAUGUCUCCUAAACGCAUCCAGAGUUCUCCUUGUGCGCAAGCUGGGGAAAAGAGCUCUCCUAAGAAAGUGAAGCUGGGCUUGCCACGUCCCCCAAUACCUAUGGCUUUGUCAAGGACGAAGACGUCUUCGCUGCUGUUUCACCCGGUGCACCCCCCUUUCUCUUCUACCCCAAAGGGACAGGCCCGCAAAGGGCAUUUAAGCGCUCAGUGGCUCGGUCGCACCAGCCCAGUCAAAGGAGCUCUGAGGGCAGGAGCAGCCGCCAAGGCGACGACCGAGGACCCAACGCUGCAUUCCGAGAAAACCCACAUUGGGAAGGACUUUGCGGCCAGGAAAGAAGGUGGCCAAGGAGACUGGCAGCGAGUCAAGUGCCUGAAAGUACAACCUGUGAGGAAACAGCUCAUCUCUAGAGCUGAUUUUCCCCUUGGUGAUGCGCAUCGCCCGUCGGCCCCUGUGGAGGAAGGCGGGAAGCUGUUUGCUGAGCAGUGUGCUGCAGCGUGGACAAGUCUUCCGCCACAGCAAAAAGACAGGGAGCAACACCUUCGCCUUUACCACCAGCAAUUCCAGCAGCCUCCCAUUCUGCAGCAGAAGCUGAGCUACCAACCUCUGGAGAAGUUUUUAGCCCAGUACAAGCCUCAGGGGCUCCAGGUGAAGCACGAGCCACCUUGCCAGACUCUUGGGUCCCCUCAGUACCGUGAUGAGACAAUGCAGCUGGAGGAACUGGAUGACAGCGACUUCAGUGAGGACUCCUUCUCUCCUGGGCCCAGCCAGAGGAAGACUCAGGCCGAAGCUCAGAGGGAAUGCAACCAGGGUUCCUUUUUCCUCCAUCAGAGAGAGUGUGGGACAGGCGGUCGGGAAGUCCAGGGUGGACAAGAACUCUUCUCCAAGCUGGAGAAUAAAGGGUUAGCCUUGCCGAGGGUGACGGAGGCUGCUAGCUGUGAAGAUGGCACAAAGAGUCAAUCUGACUGGAGCACAGAGGAAACCUCAACCCUCAACUCCUCUCCAGAAAAUGACAUGCCAGAGAAGCCUUAUUGCUCACAAGAUGACAACACUGGCUGCAACAGGAUAAGCACCAAAGAAUCGCCUAGUGGGAAAAAGCCAUCCAAGUGCACAGACCUACCUCGAAAUGAUGAACCCUGCUCUGUGCCAGGAAAGGCAACACAAAGUCCACCUUUUGCCCACGUGUUGGGAUCCACAAGCUCCAUUGCCGAGGGAUUGAUGGAAGGUUCUCUCAAAGGUGGACAUGCUCCAUUUUCAGGAAUUGCAGGGGGAAAGUGUCUCCAAAAAGGAACAGACCUUUGUGGGCCUCAGGAUUGUUCAAUAGACUUUGCUGCUGGAGUGAUGACUCCUUUGACAGUGUCCUUCCUUGAUGCAGGGACAAGAAACACUCCAGAGGAAGACCACGCCCACCAGUGGGAAGGAAAAGUUCUGCAGGAGGAGGAGACGACGACAACAACAACAACGGAAAGGAAGCCCAUUAGCCCCAGGAAGCAAUGGGAUUAUGAGGACACCGGACUGUUUUGUGGAAAUAAGGCAUCCCCGACAUCCGAUGUUUAUGAAAGGGAUCACUGGAGGAGAAAUGCUGGCCAGGCGCUUUCCCCACAAGCCAAGCCCAAGUGGCUCUCACAGUCUUGUCACAGCCCAGAGGUCUCUUCUCCUUUGGGAGUUGCAUCAGCCUUGAGUGAACUUUAUGGUUGUGUUUGUGGAUACUCUACUGGAGCUGCAGGCCCAGGAGAUCUCCUUUCUCCGUGCACAGAAGAAGAGAGCAGUGUGCUCCUUAGUAACCUCCAUUUCAGAGAAUAUGUAAUGAGUCCACAUUAUGACGCUGACACUGAGGCAACUGUGAUUGCCCCGUUGGGCUGUUCGGGGCAAUUCAGCUCGUGUGAAGAAGACAGCUCCAAGCCCAUGACGCUACUCAAACAUAUUGAUAUGGUGGAAAAGUCUUUCAUUUCAAGCACAGUGUCCAUCUCUGAUAACGCAGGAAACAAGGGGUCCUCUGUGGAGAGCGUCCCAUUGCAGCCCAGCUUGGCAUUCAGGAAACUGGAGCUUGGCCAUUCACAAGAAGCGUUCCGUUUGACAUUCAACAGCGAGGAAAUAGGGCUCCUUGAAAACGAACUUACUCAGAACAUAUUUACACGCACCCCUGACAUCGCAGAACAGGAUUCAGGGGUUGUCUCCAAGGGCAGGAACAUCAGGGCUCCCAGAAACUCCUUGAAUGCUUGUGGUCAGCUGGAUUUGUCCGCUAGGUCACUCCCGUAUAAGGACGCAUUGGAAAGGCAAUUUGUGCUCCAAAUCCAUCGGGAACAGCUGGACGAAAUGGCAGGCCUGUGUUUUCAGGAAGAGGGUUUGAUCCGCAAGAUGUCAGGCCUGGACUUUGAGGACUUCGUGGUGAAACUGGAUGCAAUACUGAUGCUGAAAUCCAAAUGUAUCCAAAGGAUGCAGACCCAAUUGCAGCCCUUCUUAGCAGCUCCUUCCAGUGGGACGGCACUGUUGACUGCUUCCCCCACGUAGCCAUGAAGCGGCACAGCCCCGAACUGUUGAUCGUCAGGGGUCAGCACCUCAAGCCGGCAAGAACUUCAGAAGUUUCGGUGGUGUUUUUUUUUGGAAAAGAUUUAAGGGGUUAAUUUCAGAUAAUAAUAG